CUGCGGCCGCGACCGCGGUGCCCCCACGCAGCGAGCGCCGGGAGGGCGCCGUCAUCAGCGCACCUGCGGCGACCGUAAAGCCGGGUCGGCACGGUACGGAGCGGCAGGACCAUGGGCACCACGGCGGGGCAGCAGCUCCGAGCACUCUUCUACGUGCUGCCACCCGGCGAGAGCUCCUUCCGUACGCUGGAGGAGGUGCCCGACUACGUAGAGAAGAGUAUUCCAUUCUUCAUUGCUUUUAUUGUGUUGGAGUUUGUUGUCAGCUGGGUUCAGCAGCAUAAGCUACCAGGUCGGAUCAAUGAUGGCAUAAGUUCUCUUUCACUGGGUAUCCUGUCUCGACUUCCAGAUCUUCUAUUCAGAAGUGUCGACAUAGUUAGUUACAUCUAUGUAUGGAAUAACUACAAACUCUUUGAACUGCCUUGGGACUCAGAAUGGACAUGGUAUUUGACAUUUCUGGGAGUGGACUUUGCAUACUACUGGUUCCAUCGCAUCAGUCAUGAGGUUAAUAUACUGUGGGCAGCGCACCAGGUACAUCAUAGUUCUGAAGAUUACAACUUGUUCACAGCCCUGAGACAAUCCUUUCUGCAGAGAUACACCUCCUGGAUGUUCAACUUGCCCAUGGCUCUUUUUAUUCCACCAUCAGUGUUUGCUGUUCAUCUGCAAUUUAAUCUACUUUACCAGUUUUGGAUACAUACAGAGGUUAUCACUAACAUUGGUCCACUGGAGUGGAUUCUUAAUACUCCUAGUCAUCACAGAGUUCAUCAUGGUAGAAAUCCUUACUGUAUUGACAAAAAUUAUGGUGGCACUCUCAUUAUCUGGGACAGGAUAUUUGGAACAUUUGAGGCAGAAGAUGCUAAAGUUGUAUAUGGCUUAACACAUCCAGUAAAUUCAUUUGAACCCAUCUGGCUCCAGUUACGUCCCUUGGCUCAUAUUUGGAAUACGUUUUGGGCCGCACCUGGAUUCUGCAAUAAGCUUUCUGUCAUAUUCAAAGGCCCAGGCUGGGGACCAGGCAAACCUAGACUUGGCCUUCCUGAGGAAAUCCCAGCGGUCACUGGAAACGAAGUUCCCUUCAAUCCAAGUGUACCAGCUUAUCUUAACUGCUAUGCAGUGAUACAUUUUGCUGUAAUAAUGGAGUUGUAUAUUGAUCUUCUUGCUACUGUGGCUGCGUUAUCACAGGAAACUAUUCUACUGAGAAUUGUCGUUAUCAUUCUGUCCCUGACUUCUUUUGGAUUCCUUAUGGAGAACAGACCCAAAGCAGUAAUUUUGGAAAUCAUCCGAUGCUCAGUCUUCUUAGGAGUAUACAAACUUGGCUACUUAAGAAAUGAGCUUUCUUUGUUGGACUACGCAUAUGAAGUCUUGUUUUCCUUCUGCAUUGCAUUCUGGGGAAUUCAAACUAUGAGGCGGAUUACUUCAUCUAAAGAUAAACGUCUCUGAAAGAACAGAGCUUAUACUGCUUGAAUUAUGGAAACAGUGCUUCGGAAUAACCUCCUAAGUCCCUUGGAAUUAAUCAGCUAUGACUCUUGCUGAAUCGUGGUCAUUUUACAUAUGAUAGGAAGGGUUUGAUUUCAUAUGAAGCUUUGAAAGAUUAAUUGGGAAGUGAGUUUAUUUUUAUUUGAUGUUUAAAAUAUUUAAUUUACCUCUCUAUUUAAAUAAAAUGUUCAUUCGUAAUGUAUAUUUUUUGCAUUCAAGGUACCAAUGUGUCUUAGAAGCCAUGUAAAACUAAUAACAUUUUUCAGCAGUUUUAUUAGUAGUUAACCAUAUGUGAAAAGUAUUUUCAGAAUAUGAAUAAUUAAGAACAUAUUUGUAGCAAUCUGCUAUAAAGCAACCAGCUGAUACAUGACUAUCAGUUUUUCCAUAAUGAUCAUGUACAGUUUGGUGUUCCUAGCAUACAGCUACAUGAAGAUGUAUAGUUGAGACAAGAAAAUUAUUAAAAACAGCAUGAUAAAAUAUCUCAAACUAGUAUGAGUUGAAAUAUCUUCAGAAAAGUUGACGGAUGUAUGCAAUACAGGCAUUCAGUUUAGACUGAGUUAUUUAAGAAAUACACCUGCAGUUACCAACCUAAGAUACUGAUCAAGCCAGCACUUGCACACAAGUAUCCCAUUGACUAAUGUUACUCACAUGACAAAAUAUUUGUAAGGCUGGGCCCUUAAUUCCUCAUAAUUUCCUGUGGAGGUGAUCUCAGGGGAGAUGCACAUCUUUCAGGAGCUGCUGGAAAGAUGGUUUCUACUAAGAUAGGAAAAUUAAAUACAAAUGGUAAAGGGAGUCUCCAAACAGCAGGACUGGCAAAAAUACUGGAGCUGGGUUGUUUUUCUUUCCUCACACUUUUCCAACUUCUACUUGGCUCCAGAACUUUUAGUUGUACUUAUAGUCAAGUAGCUAAAAAAUGAAAGCUGUCUUGCAUGCUUCUAGCUAGCAAUAAUACUUGGAUUAAAAAUGCUACUAUUUUGUUUUUCAUACCAUUAUCUUAUAGGAUAUUAAUGGCAUGCUAACUAACUUCAUGUGUGAAGCCAGCCUAUUUUUAAUUAAUGCAUUUUUUCAGUCUUUAGCCAUAAAAGAUGCCACAGAUCAUGCAAUCAGUUGUUUCCAAUUAGUCGUCAGCCAGGCAUUAACGUUAGAAAAAUGAAAUUGCAACAGUGUCUAAUGGAAGUACCAGCAUAAUUUUAUAUAAAUUUAUAUAAAUUUUUACUUUAUACACAAGUUUUAAGUUAUUCUGUAUUUAGAUCAAGUGACUUUUGCCCAUCAUUUGAGAACCUGAAAUAUUCAACUGAGAAAUUAGGUGUUUGAUUAGAGGUACGAAUAUAUGGGCUGCAAAGUAAUGAUAAUACCUUCCUAAAUUUAAGGCAUGUUUAACUGAAAAAGUUUCUUGUGGAUCUUCUUCAAUGUAAGUAAUGAGAAGAUCAAAAAAAAUUGCCUCGUGAAAGCAAUAAAGGAAAUCAUAUUUAAAAUACUUAUUUAAAGGUUUAAUUUAAGCAUUUACUCAUUACCUGGUAUAAAUAAAUGUCUAUGUAAGAAAUGGCUAGAUAGAACUGUAUACCUCUGAGUACAAUCUCAUGAUUAACAUACAGCAGCCAGGAGUUUUCCCAUUUCUGAACAAAACCAUGUCUUUGCCUGAAUUUCCCCAUCUGUGGAAUCACUGCAAUAGCAAUACUCAUUGUGUAUGUCUCUUGCCAUAAUUAAAGUACAAAAUUUGAAUGUACAACAAGAUCUACUAACAUCGCAAGUUACUACCUAAGUUAGUGCACCUAUACUUUCAAAAUUUCUAAUAGUGACAUCAACAUUACCUCAACAAUUUUGUGGUCAAGUUAGUGAAUGAGUACUAUAAUAAAGAGUCAUAUUGAAAAUCAGUUUCUGUACCAAAAUAAAUAAAGAGACAAGAACAGGAUAUGUGGUUGAUACCUUCUAGUUCUCUCUUGGUCAGCUGAGGUGAAAAUCUGUGUCUCUGUAUAUCUUUCUGCAAUGACUUUUCAACUUUCUCUGUUACAAGUUUAAUUUUUAUACACCUUAAACCAAUUCUAGAUCUAUUUUUGAAUAAACAAGAGGCUCUGGAGGCCAGGUGGCUAGUGAAUUGAAUUAUGCAUCAUUAAUAUAUUACCAACCAUUAAUUGAAUUAAAUUCUGACUACAGACGUUGCUUAUCAUUAGGAUAUAUCUUCUUUCCUCACAUUUUUAAGAUUUCAUGGCUUACUUAUUUGUUAUAUGUCUACAUUGUUUAGUUCCAGCAACUAUAGGUGAAUUAUAUGAGAUUAUAUGAGCAACUAUAGGUGAAUUAUAUUAUAUUAGUGAACAAUAUAUAUAUAACAAUAUAUAUGUAUAUUUGUUUAACAGAUGUUGCACAAGUACCUGUUUUCUUUUAGAGAUCCACAGUUCAAUAUCUCUGGAAAUAAUUAUGUUCUGCAAACUAACGCCUUAGUAUCACAUAUCCAAGUCAGAAACAUUAUAAUCACAUUUGUAGUAUAUGCAGUAUUGCUUAAGACUUCAAUUUGGUUUUGUUUAUGUUUAAAAUUCCCAGUGUCACACACCUUUGGGAGAAAACCAAGGAUUGACAGAAUCUUCUUUUUCUUUUAGCAAGGAUGUUAAAAAGUGACUUCCCUUACUCUUUCCAACUGUUAAAAUGUCACAUCCUUACACAAGGCCUUGCCCAAAGUUUGCACACAUCAGUAUCAUGUUACUGAAAAUCCAGAAGUAAGCAGCUAAAUCCUUUGUUCCCUUGAGACAUGACUGUGCCACUGAAGUCACUGAAAAUCUUGUUGCUAUCCUUCAUAUUGGAACAUUCCAUAUGUAGAAACAAUAAUGAUGCAAUGUUCACUGCAACUCAAGCUUUGGUACAGUGCAUUAAUUAAAAAUAUCACAAUUGCACAGCUGCUUGUUCCUGUAAGCUGCUACCAUGGUUUUCUUUGUGCUAUGUUAAAAUCAGAAUCCUUAAGUGGAUAAACAGUGACGUGAAGUUACAGCUUCAAGUUCUUCACUGCAGUUAGUAAGGAUUGGGGUCCCUUUCAUCUUUCCUGUAGGCAGCUUUCACUCAAGUCUAUGGGAUUAUGGGCAUUGUUACCUAAAAUCUUCUAAAAUAAAGGAACUGAUCAGAUGAUGAAUUUUGAAGUUUCUCUUUAAAGGCAAACAAAGAUGUGUUUCUUUGAGCUUUCAGGAUUUUAUAUUACAUAAUUAGACACAACUAGGCAGAGUGGCACUGAAGAGUAAGAGUUGUUCAGAAGUUUCAUUGUUGAUCUUUAGGUUUUGGUACAUAGCGCUGUGGCUCAGACAUGCAUUUUAUCAGGGAGAGCAAAAAAUAAAGCAUUGAUGUAUCUUGCAA